AUGACAGCAUUUAAAGAAUGUUUUAUGGAAUAUUCUUUAGAAGAUAAAAUUGAAGCUUUGAAAAAUAUGCUUGAUUAUAAUGAAAAACAUAUACAAAAAUUACCAUCACAUAUAACUAAUAUGUGCAAUAUUAAACAAAUAAUUGGUGUAAAAGAAUGUAUACAACCAGUUCAAGAGACAUCAUUUCAGACAAUUAUUUCUGAAUUAAGAAAUACUGUAAUGAAUAGUUAUUGGAACAAAGAAGUUGGUAAAACACGUUAUCAAAUUCCAUAUCUUCCAGUGGGUAUGAAUCCAUUAGAAGUGACUUUUGGAAAAAAAUUUAAAUCUGAAAGUGUAGCUGAACUUCUUAAAGAAAAAAUGGAAAGUGAUAUUCCAGAGCAAGAUAUUAUUGAAAUGUAUAAGAAAAGUCAUAAUAGAUAUUUGCCUGCAGAACAAAUUAAAAGACAUUAUAAAAAACCAUUUGAUCAAAAUUUAUGCUUUGGGAAAUCAUAUAAUGCUAAUAUCAGAGGUAUGCGAUUAAAAAAACUUCUAACAUGGAUUGAUGCAGAUCCUAAUACAAUUGCAAAUUCUAAUUUUGCAAAACCUUCAUAUUCUUAUAUUGAUGAAAAAUUUAAAGAAUUUAUACAUGAAAUGAGACAUGGUAAAGUUAGUGAAAAAAAAGAUGAAAAAUUGAAUAUUUUAAGCGAUUGUCCCAUAAACAAUGAAGUUAUAACACAACAAAAUUACUUGCAAUAUAUAAAUAGUUUACGUCAGAAAUUCAAAAAACAAGUUCCAGAAAUUCCAUAUUUAGAUAUUUAUGAAGAUUUAAUAUGUCUUGAUAAAGAUUAUACAGGUAUUUUACCAGAAGAUAAAGUUUUUUCUAUCUUAGCCAAAUAUAAAAUAUAUAUAAAUAAAACAUUUUUAAUACCUUUAUUGGAUCUUCUUCAAAUAUAUAAGGAAAAAAAUAUAAAAUAUGAAGAGUUGUUAAAUCUUUUAAAUUGGAAAUAUGAUUUUCCCACAUUACCAAAAAUAGAAAAGAUUCCUUUGGAAUGCCAAUAUUAUAGCACUGAAUACAAUACAACAAUAGGAAAGAUAGACAGAAUAGAUACUACAAAGAUUCCAACAGCAGGAGUUUAUAAAGAUUUGGAUAAACCUACUGCUUACAGUCUUAUACAUCCAAAUAUUUUUACAAAACAUGGUCUUAGUUAUACAGAUCUCUCUAAACUUCGAAGUAAAGAAGAAAUAAGAAGUAUUUUUGAAGCUAUUGGAAUUCAAUUCCCUAAUAAUAGUUUUGAUUUGUUAUGGGAAAAAGGAAUAAAAAAAAGUUGCACAGAUAAUGUAUCUGUAGAAAUUUUUGCAAAUUUGCUUGAUCAAUAUGAUGAUAUAAUUAAUAACAAAAUUAAUUAA